AUGGCCCCGAAAUCCGUUUCCUGCGGCCUGUGUGGCGCUGCAUUCUCCCGGCCCUAUUUCAUUUCGAUUAACAAGGACGCCGAGAAGGGCCCAGGUCUUGGCCAACCGAGGGUCGAGGACAUGGAAUGGCUGGGUAAUGCCCGCAUUCUUUAUCGCAGCACAGAGUUCAGCAGAACAUUCCGAAGAGCGAACUUGUCAUCAAUUGCUACUCAGCGCAACGAUGGGAAAUUCCAAGUGACGGGCAAUCUUCCAUACGAUGAAUUCGAGAACACCGAUCCGGAUGGUUUGAAAGUUUUCCAAACAACCCUGCGGAGCUACCACGACGAAAAGUUCCGAAUGUACCAGGGAAAGAUCGAGUAUGGACAGAUUGCAAGCCAGCACCACCAAUCCUGGUUCCUAACGGUUUGCACCAAGGCCUUUGCCUACAACCCGUUGGUUGCGUCUCCGGAAUUACAGCAAUACUACGAAAACCUGCCGGAAGUCAAACGGAACCGAGAUGAAAGAGAGGGUUGCAAAGCCAGAUACCUGGCUGCAAGGGACCCGUUUGGCAAUCUUCCAGCCGAAAUCCUCACCAUGAUCCUCGUACAACUUCCACUGCAAUCAAUCGGGCAGCUUCGACUUGCCAGCGCUGUCAUUGUAGAUCUGCAGCUAUCUGGUAGCUUUUGGAAGAAAAAGCUCAAGUUCGACAUGCCUUGGCUUUGGGAUUUCCCCUAUCAAACAGUCGAGCGAUCUUCCAAGAGACCAGAUUGGCUGCAGAUCUACAAUGACAUUCAAUCUGGAAGUGAGGGGAAUGGGAAGAGACCCUUUCUCAGUUUGGCCAACCGCCGUCGAAUCUGGAGAAUCUGUGAGCAGAUUGAACCUCGACUUGCCCAGUUCCAGAUGGAAAGAGACAUGGUUGACCGAAAGGAGAAAUGGGUCUCGGAGGAAUGA